GAAGGGUUCCUGGUGAGCAGUGGGUCUCUGUCCCCUCUCCGGUGACUCUUGGAUGGGACACUGCUUUGGAAGGAGCCAUGGACCUCUGGCUUUGGUCACUUUGCUUCCUGCCAGUAUUUGGGGCUCAGAAGAUCCUCCCAGAAGUCAAGCUGGAGGGAAUGCUGGGUGGAUCCGUUACCAUCGAGUGCCCACUUCCUGUGAUGCACGUGAGGUUAUAUCUGUGCCGGGAGAUGGCUGGAUCUGGAGUAUGUGCCACCGUGGUGUCCAACAGUAACUUUGUCAAGGAGGAAUACAAGCACCGAGUCACGCUGACGCCAUAUCCAGACAGGAAUCUGUUCCUAGUGGAGGUGACAGAGCUGGCCAGGAGUGACAGCGGAGUCUAUGCCUGUGGGGCGGGCAAGAACACAGACCGGGGCAAGACUCAGCAAGUCACCCUGAAUGUCCACAGUGAGUACAAGCUCCUCUGGGAAGAGGAGCCGAUGCCUGAGUCUCCACCAUGGCUUCAGAGACUUCUAAACAUGCAGAUACCUCCUUGGUUCCAGAUGCCUGCACAUGCCAGUUCUUUCGAGUUCAUAUCCAAAGUAACCACACCAGCUCAAAGAACGGAGGCCCCUCCAGCACACCACCCCUCUCCAACCACUCCAAUCACCCACCGUCCUCGAGUUUCCAGAGCAUCUUCAGUAGCAGCUGCCAAGCCCACAACCCUCCUGCUAUCCACCACAGCCUCAAAGACCUCAGUUCAGGAGGGGCUGCUCAGGCCCCAGACAGCCAGCUACAACCACCACAAUAGGCUUCAUAGGCAGAGAGGCUUCAACCACGGACCGGUGUCUGGGACGGAAGAGCAAGGAUUUCACAUCCUGAUCCCCACCAUCCUGGGCCUCAUCCUGCUGGCGCUUCUGGGGCUGGUGGUGAAAAGGGUCAUUCAAAGGAGGAGAGCUCUCUCCAGGGGGGUCCGCCGACUGGCCGUGAGGAUGCGCGCCCUGGAGGCCUCGCACUGGCCCCGCGUGUCGCAGCGGCCGCGCUCCCAAAACAACAUCUACAGCGCCUGCCCGCGGCGCGCUUGGGGGGCCAACGCGGCGGGUGAGGGCGGGGCGCGUCUCCCCGGCCCCGGAGCGUCGGCGCGCCCCGCCCCCGAUUGGCAGGUGUCUGAAGCUCCCUGGCCCUAUGCCCCAUCUCUGAAGACCAGCUGUGAAUAUGUGAGCUUCUACCACCAGCCUGCUGCCACGAUGGAGGACACUGGUUCAGAUGACUACGUCAACAUUCCCUGCCUGACUCACCUCUCCAGCUGUCCCCCUGGGCCCAAACCUUGGUGCCAAUGAGUCUUGUCUGUCUGCUGGUUUCCAAAACCUGCUCCAUCUGUUUUUGGAGCCCUCAUUACUCCCACAUCCCCACCUCAAGUCUCGUGCUUGUCUGACUGCCCUGAGCAUAGCCUUCUUGGGUGGAUAUUACAAUAAUUGUGCUGUGUUGGGGUCAUGGCACAGUCCCUGCAGCUCUUCUUGCACACCUCUGCAGCCCCCUGUGGUUUUUGGGUGGGCUCUGGGCAUGCAGAGCAUUUGUCCCGAUGCCUCCUGCUUCCUCUCCAAGCUGUGUAACAGGCUGUGGGGUUUUCAGAGUGUCUUUGAUCACAGGGUCUUUGCUGCCCAGGCUCUGGACCGUGUGGCUUGACCUUGGGCUGGAGCAUAGGCAUAGCUGUUGAUUCUGGAACCCUUCCCGGGCUUGGGCUUCACUCCAGUAGAGGGCCCCUGGACUUCAUCGUGAGGACAUGCCUCAGCCCCUGAGCUGGGAAGGGGCCUGGUAAAUGCCCCUGGCAAUGUCUUUGCCCUCAUCUUAAGGCUGGCACUUACUAGUGAGCUUCUACUCAUCUUGAGUCCUAUGCUAAGAGCAAUUAAUUUUGAUGUGAUGAAGAGUUCUAAAUUUUCGGAACCAUACUUGUUAGUGUUAUGUGUGU